AUGCUGGUUGAUAGCAACUCUGUUCGUCAAACAAAUCGACGAUUCGGAUCGGCUAAACUACUGAAUGCCACUAGUCGUGUGAACUAUCACAAUUUAAUUCAAUCGAUUUGGUCCGGUGUUGUUCGUUCAAGUCCUGAACAAAUUAAUAAUCAAUGUGUUGAUAUUGUCAAUACCGUGCUUUCCGAAGUGAUCAAAUGUUCACAUAGACUAGCAUACACUGAAAAACUUCUCCAGCUGCUUGAAAGUCCACCAGACUUGGUCAGUAUAACGGAAGUAUUAGUCGACAUAUUUAUAGAAGCUAUAAGGCAAUGGAUGGAGUCUGGUCAACAUGAAGAUAUUUAUCGAACUUGUCUUAAUGCAGCAAAAUUAAAAUGGCGUUCACCGAUUGAAAUCGCUCUGUUAGGUCUUUAA